GCAAUAUCCGUAAAUAACGUUACUUUUAAAUACCAUCGUAAUAAUGUGCUUGAUAACUUUUGCGCUCAAGUAAACGCCGGUGAGAUAUAUGCCCUGUUAGGGCCGAGUGGUGGUGGGAAAACCACCUUGUUACGAUUAAUACUGGGUCGUAUGAAUGUGCAACAUGGUGUGAUCGAGGUGUUUGGCCAACAACCGGGCGCUUCCAACCGUCGGAUCAGUUAUAUGCCACAGAAUAGUGCACUUUGUAUGCAAUUCACUGUUGAACAGACUCUUCAGUAUUUUAUGCAUAUUUAUAGGAUAUCUAGCGUUGAGUUUUCUAACAGAUACACCAAACUCCAAAAACUACUAGAACUACCAGAAAAUGAAUGCGUGAUAAACAGCCUGAGCGGUGGUCAACUAAGGCGACUAUCGCUAGCCUGCGCCCUAUUAAACAAUCCGACCAUGGUCAUACUGGACGAGCCCACAGUGGGCAUAGACCUCCUCAUAAUACACAACAUAUGGAAAUACCUAAACAUGCGGUGUAGGGACGGACUGACCAUAUUGUUUGUCACCCACUAUAUAGAAGAGGCGACCAAUGCUCACAAAGUGGGACUCAUGAGGAAUGGCAGGCUAUUGGCCGAAGAGAAUCCGCGCAAAAUGAUCGACCGCUUUAAGGAAACC